GGAACCUCAAGAAUAACGACACACUAACAGAAACUUUCAACUUCUAGCCAUGCAGCCUCCACCCAGAAAGGUAAGAUAGGCUGUUUUUUGUUUUGUUUUGGUUUUUUUUCGGUUUGUUGGUUUUUAAUAUUACAGUUCUAGCUGCUCUUUGCAUUAAUCUCUGCACAACGUUGAUGUUGUUCCUCCUGACAAUGAGUCGGUCAGAGCAUCUACAUGUUGGUAUAUGUACUAACUCUGAGGUAACUUUAAUGAAUUAUUGUAUGAAAGUAUGCAUGCAUACUUUUUUGAGAGCGCAUCUUUUUUACUCCUUUCCCUUCUGUCAAACUCUUUAAUGGUAAACCCCUCAAGGUCAAAAACAUCUGUGGUUCCUUUAAUCUCCCUCCUGGUUUCCUUUUUUUAAUUUGAAACAUUUGGGAGUGUGAUUUUUAAAAGGAAAUAAUUCAUUCAAAGUUGCUGUUCCUCUAAUUUGUGGUUUCUACAUUGAUUCAGGUAAGAUAGGUGUUAACACCACUUGGACUCCUGCUGCAUGACAGAAAGGUUUUUGUAUAUUUGAGCCACAUGUUAGGACCUUACAGUGAUAGCUUAUAGGAUUUAUCAAGUUUUCUUUUUUGGACUUGUAUUUUUUGUUAUUUAUGUAGAUGUAAACAAGAAUCCUGACUCCCAAACCCUUUACCUAUCAACCAAAUCAACAUUGUCAUACCUUAGGAGUUCCUGUAACAAUAUAAGCAGAGACACUGCUUUUCAGUUAAAGAUUUUUUUCAAGUUAUUUUUUGAUAGAGCAGUUUAACUACUGAAGAGCCCAUGAAGUUGCAUAAGUUACUAUAAUGCCAUUAUCUUGUGGACACAGUUUAUUAUAUUGUGCGCAAAAUAUAUCAUCCUGUGCUCUAAAUAUAAUUGAUUGUCCUGUGGCCACAAGCUUGUUUUUGGUUUUGUUUUUUCCCUUCUUGGAACUUCAGGGGCUCCAUGAAAAACUGUCAGAUCCAGGGUUUGUUUGUUCAGACAAUAGUCCACAUUAGGAUAUUCAGGAUCAGGUGAUACAACUCAUUUCUGCCCUGGUUAUUCGAAGUAAAACUGGAUUGGAUUGACCUGAUCUAGAUACAAACUUUUAAUGAACUAAUCUAGAUAGCCAGUGCUUUAAAUCGUACUUGGGCUGAGUAGACAUGCAGUUUGCCUGAAAUAACUCAAGGAAAGAGUUAUAAAUGAGCUGAACUGUUACUUCACAGCAAAUGACUGAACAAUAUUUCUAGACUGUUGUCAUGUAUCAGAAGUUUGUAAAUGAAAUAGAAGAAUGAAUAAAAGAGAACUCUUUCAAAAUAAAAUGCAACAAAUAUAAUAGAAAAAAAACAUCUUAAUUAAUCAUAUGGAAACUGAAUUCUUCAAUUGCCACACUACAGAGCAGUUCCUUGAAUCCUCUGUUGUGAGUCAUAUUGUUCAGGGAAGGUUGAGGGUUAUUUUUCUGGUUGUUAUGACUUAAAUAAGUCUGAUGUCCUGCAGUAUAUCCUAUUGGACACACUACUUCCAUGACCAUGCACAGUCCUUCUGGGCUCAGCUUGGCAUCACUGAAUAUAGUCAAAUUUUGCCUUAAACUGAAUAAUGCAAAAUGCAACUACACUUACAAAUCCCCUGUAUUGGUUUGACUGCCCUUUAUUUCAAACCGGAUACAUUACAUAACUUGUCCACAGGGGACGCCAAAGUCAGCACAAACUUAAAGGUAAUCACAGUUGAAUUUCAUUCAACACUGUUUAAUAUCCAUGCCUUUUGGUUAGAUAUUUUUUAUUAUUGUUGUUUGUUUCAGAUAUCCCAUUAAAGUUCAGUUCUGUGUCUCAUUUUUUCAGCACAAAAAGCAGCCAUCUACUGUAGUCAUUUAUUUUUGGGCUUUGCACUGAUGAUGAAGUAUUCUGCUUUACCUCAUUUAAAGUGUCUCUUAUAUUCUCACAGUCCACUGUCUUUUUAAUGGCUAACCAUUUCAGAGCUAGUUUAUCCAUAAACAGUUCUCUAGAUCUCCAAAGUUUUAACAAAUGCCAACCUCUAAAAAAGCAGAAAUAUAGAACCCUGUUGUUAACAAAAUAUUUCAGCUACCUAACCUGCUUGUGACAAAGAAAAAAUGCUUAUGUCUCGAAAAUAGUGCACAUCUUAAUGGUGUGCAUGUGUGUAUGCAGGUGAAGGAGAGCCAGCAGGUGAAACUUGUGUUUUCAGAGCAGCUCAGCAAACUUCAGACGAAACAACAUCAGGACACUGAACUGCUGGAGGAGAUCAGGUACUGUCGCCUUACUCUGGAUAGCCACAUUUACACCCCCCCUCCAACAGGAUCAAUACAGAAACACGCAGUGAUAACAUGUCAAGUCAAUCUUUGCAGGUGUAUGUGUGUGUGUGUUUUUCAUGUUUUCCCCCAGGUCUUUCAGUAAGCAGCGAGCAGCCAUAGAGAAAGAGUAUGGUCAGGUGAGGACACCUCAACUAUUCUGGUCCUCUAUUAAUUCAAUUACUGGAACUUUUACUGGAAAUGCUACUAAUUUAUUGAUUCCAGGUCGCGUGUCAGUACCUGAGUGCUGUGUUGCUUUCUGCUGGGACUCUGUGCGUCACUAUGUUUCAACACCCACUUCUGGUAUAGUUUAGUCUGGGUUUUCACAGACCCGCAGGAAAAGCUGUAUUUGCUUUGACACCAUGGUGUAGAAUGGGUCAUGUAUGUGGGUGUGUGUAAACACUGGAUAAAUAUCUGUGUGUUUUUGUGUCUAUGUGCUCAGCCACUGCUGACCAGUUUUGGGUAAUGAUAUUUAUACAAGUACCUCAUUCAGUAACAUGGCUACUACCAUUAAAGGAGACCUUAUUGACUAAUUUUCACCUUUCUUAAUGGCAUUCUGAACCUAGUGUAGCUUUGCAUUAUUUUUAUUUGAUACUGACAUUUAUGGAAAUCCUGCUUCCAUCAAUGUUUAGCCUCAGCCUCAAACGCUUUAUUGUUCCUCACCGAUAUAAAGUUCGAAACAGUUUGAGGUUGUUGCUUUUUUCAUAGCUUUAUGGUCAUGAAACAUCCCGCGAGUAAUGCCUUUAUAGAAGAUGCCUGAGCCUUACUGUUGAGCGUUGGGGCUAGCUGUAAAACAGACCGUCCAGCUUCUGGGUGGGUGUGUCAUUGACAGAGCUGCAUGGUGGCUCCUAAGCACUUAGCGUAACCCUCAAAGGAUGGCACAAUAUGACUUCAGGUUGCGGCCGUGUGUGGAAACACGGCCACAACAUUGCUGCCAAUGCACUUUUUUAAAAAAAGCAAGCGUUAGUGGACACAGGCCCCUGGAUUAUCUCAUAGUUUGUUUUCUGUAAAGCUGAUUCAGAAGUGAACUGUGUGUUUUCAGGCUCUUCAAAGGUUAGCUGUCCAGUACCAGAAGAGAGACUGGCAGAGAGGAAACACUGACGGUGUUGCUUCUGGGUAAUUUCUCACUCCCUUUUUUUUAAUUUUGUGUAUGAUUCUUAACAAAUCCAACUGUAGUUUUAACAGGUUUUGUGUGUGUGUGUUCCAGGAGUGUGUUUGGUGUUUGGCGAUCAGUGGUCGAUGCUACAGCUCAGUCUGCUGCUUCACGGCUCACUGCUGCAGAGGAGUACAGACGACUGAUUAACCAGGUCACCAGAAGUCUACGAAACGCCAAAGACGUCCGGACUAAGAGGGUGAGCUACACAUGGUUUUUACACAGAAACACAAACACUCAAUCACUAGUGCAUUGAUUUCAGCACACUGGAAGGUCAACACACUAACAUAGAUGGCUGAGUGAAGACUUUUGGUGUGCAUGUGUCACAGGGCCUGGACCGUCUCCAGAAUGUACAAGGAGAAGUGGUGGAUGCUCUGCGGGAGCUGCACAGGAUCAAAAAGAGCUACUAUCAACUAAGUCACAUUGCCAUUGUUGCCCGGGAGAAAUUUGCUGAUGCAAAGACCAGGUCUGUAAAUAUGAGACCAAGUGCAUGUAUGUUUUGAAUGUGACAGAUACAGGCAAAAUCACCAGAAGUCCUACAUACAUGUCUGUAGAAAGUCAAAGAAAACACCACUCAAUCUCCCCCCAUUAGCCCUGAUUCUGUACAUGUCCUCAGCCCCUUCCUGUACACCCUGCUGACUUAUGACUACGAAAACACUACAACCUAGUGAUGUGUUGGAACGAACCGGUUCAAAGAGCUGGCUCUUUAAAAUGAACGAUGGGAGCCGGCUCCCAUCUGUGAGCCUUUUUUUUUUUUCUCUUUUUUCCCCCACAGAGGGUAAAAAAAACUACAAGGCAGAAUGACAGGAUUUCUAUCUGCUUUGUGUAGCAGAGUGGUUCUACAAUCAAGUCAGUUAUUUAUCCACAUCGCCAUUUUAUUAUGAAGGACACUUCCUCUAGAAGAGGUACUGAAUGAAAACAGUUAAAAGAACUGUCAGAGGGUACGAAUGUUCAUGCUAAGAAGUUCCACAAAGAGGCAGACGCUCCAACGCAGUUUUUGGAUUCACAAUCAAUCCUCUUUUAAAAGUGCCAAAUUAUCUUUCAGAGGGUUGCUACAGAUAGUCUGCUGGCAGCAGUUGCUUCUUUAUCUCUCUUACGUAAAAUGACUGUAUAUUUAACUUAAUCUUUUUACCCUCUUUGUCCAGAUCCAGAAAGAGUGAACACGGGAUUUUCCAUUUCAAAGCAGGCCUUCAGAAGAUGACCACCAAGGUAUGUAAAUCAAACAGAAAUUGGUCUUCCUAAAGACUCAAAGCCUGUCACGGAUGACGGAGAAAAUUUUGUUAGACAUAACAAAAGUCCAGUUCAAGUGUUUUUAAAUUUACUUGAUUCAGCAUUUUGAGAUUACCUUGACCCCCUCCAAAGAUGGGUGUUUUCCAGGCCACAGGACUGGCAGGUGGACAUGGUGCUGGUGUCUACAUUGUGUCUGAAGAUUCACUUCUGUCAAUUGUGUAUUGCAAACACCUGCCUCCUUGCAUAAAGCUUUACUGUAGACCUGUCAGUGUGAAUCUGAGAGCACAAUGUUUUGACAACUUUCAUACUAUUUUAGAAUUAGGGAGGUCUCAAUUAACUUUUUUGGACCUUCAUCUCGGUCUGUUUUUAAAAUUUUGAUCAUCCUGAUACCCAACCGACCCAAUCUGAUACUAGUGUCAAGUAUCAGGUUGGGACCUGCACUGUUUUUUGUUUGUUUUAUACUCAAAAAGACAAAAAGUUGUCAAAAUAACUAAAAUAUAUACAGUUUAUUCAGUCUAACUGCAGCACUGUUGUAAACUCGCGUCAUCUCUUUAACAUGUUCCACUGUCUGAAAGCCACCAAAGUGAUGUGCGUGUCAUACUGCAUGCUGAAACUCAGCAUUAUUGCCAUGAAUGCCACUCUCAUGUGACGGUGUAGCAUGCAGGAUGGCGACACCCAGCUACUGGACCAAGAACAGGAAUAUUGAACAUUAUCUCUGUAAAGUAGAGAAAGCAAUCCGGUGUGCAGAGAGACUCAGUAAUGACAUGGACAAAUGCCAGAGCUCCAAAUGUCUGAAGUAAAACUAACAGUGGUCACAUUAUGUUUGAAUCACCGCCUGACCACGUCUGACGUGUGUAGAUGGCAGGACAUACUGUGGAUCCACAAGAUGACAAAAGCCUCCAUUCUCCACCAGAUUGAGGGUCCAAAGCAUUGAAUUUAACCAUCUUCUCUGUGAUCCUUUUGGCCUUUUCACUUCCUCGAGGAAAUCAAUCUUUCCUUUAAAGCCCAGAGUUUAUCGCUUUGAUACUGCAGCCAUUCCUCUUAAUGCUUUAACAAACUUAUCAUAUACAACUGCGUUUGUAGUCAUUGUGUUUCACUGGAACAGAGCUCUGCUACUACUGCGCUGCUAAAGGAUGGUAUCGUCAUUGCAGGUGGCUAUUGAACCAUUUUAACUCUCCAUGUUAAAAUAUUUUUACUCAGUGCUGCUGAUGCUAAUGUAACAAACUGUCCGGUGUUUGACUUUUCGCCUCUGAACCCCAUGACCCUGGAGAGUUGGCUACCAUAGAGCGGUUGUUAGUGCUGUAAUUUGGCUUGCUUUGUAUGCAAGUGUUUGUGCAACAAACUUUAAUUUAACAUUUACUAUUUUAUUUUUAAGUACUGGUAGGCAAAUUAUACUCAGCAACAUCUUCCACAAUUAUCAGGUUAAGUCACCUACUCAAAUUGCUGAUCAUUGAUCAAUUUAAAAAACUGCAAAGAACCAAUUGAGAUUAGGGUCAGGAUGUCCUUAGUCAGAAUGAUGCAUGCAUUUUUUCAUGUCAAAGUUUGUGAUAUCUUUUACACUCAAACUAGUGUGUGUGUGUGUGUGUGUGUGUGUGUGUGUGUGUGUGUGUGUGUGUGUGUGUGUGUGUGUGUGUGUGUGUGUGCCCCAAGCUAAGCGCCAGGUUAAAGGAGUGUGAUGACCGUCUGACUGGAGUUCGUAAUGAAUACCUGCUGGCAUUAGCAGCUGUCAACGCCCAUCACCAGCACUACUACACAAACGACCUACCGCAGAUUAUGGAGGUGAUGCACACACACUCGCACACAUGUAAAUACACACACAGGCACACAGACAGCAGAGGGAAGGAAGCUAGACUGAGUUGUGUAUCUGAUCCGAGAAAAAGACCACAGAGCUUCCUGACUUAUUGCAGACUGUUGGCUUUCGUUUUCGCCAUAGACAAACACACGCAAUCUGCUCUUGAUCUACUUUCCUGUUUAUUUGUAACUUAUACCAUCAUCACAUCCUCUCUGUGGUUAAAUUUGACACCAAAAACACCCUCUGAUAUCCUGUCGCCUUUGUCUGCUAGUUUAUUUUAUUAAAUCCUUCCAGAAAACCUUGUUUGUGAUAAAAAAAAAUCUUUUGUGAAGUGCUUUUAAACUUGAGGAGUGAGCUCAACUUGAUUUCAGUCCACCUGUGGCAAAUUCGGCUGAUUGGACAUGAUUUGGAAAGCCACACCUGUCUAUAUAAGAUCCCACAGCUGACAGAGCACGUCAGAGCACAAACCAAGCCAUGAAGUCGAAAGAAUUGUCUGUUGACCUCCGAAACAGGGUUGUAUUGGCGCACAGAUCUGGGGAAGGUUACAGAAAAAUAUCUGCUGCAUUGAAGAUCCCAAAAAGCACAGUGGUCUCCAUCAUUAAGAAUGGAGGACGUUUGGAACCACCAGGACUCUUCCUAGAGCUGGCUGCCCAGCCAAAAUGAGCAAGCGGGUGGAGAAGGGCCUUGGUCAGGGAGGUGACCAAGAACCCGAUGGUCACUCUGACAGAGCUCCAGCGUUCCUCUGAGGAGAUGGGAGAACCCUACAGAAGGAUCACGAUCUCUGCAGCACUCCACCAGUCAGGCAUUUAUGGUAGAGUGGCCAGACAGAAGCCACUCCUCAGUAAAAAGCACAUGACAGCCCGCUUGGACUUUGCUAGAAGGCACCUGAAGGACUCACAGACCAGGAGAAACAAAAUUCUCUGGUCUGAUGAAACGAAGAUCGAACUCUUUGGCCUGAUUGCCAAGUGUCAUGUCUGGAGGAAACCAGGCACUGCUCACCACCUUGCCAAUACCAUCCCUACAGUGAAGCAUGGUGGUGGCAGCAUCAUGCUGUGGGGAUGUUUUUUAGCGGCAGGAACUGGGAGACUUGUCAGAAUCGAGGGAAAAAUGAAUGCAGCUAAGUACAUCGAAAUCCUUGAUGAAAACCUGCUCCAGAGCGCUCCAGACCUUCGACUGGGGCGACGUUUCAUCUUCCAGCAUGACAAUGACCCUAAGCACACGGCCAAGAAGACAAAGGAGUGGCUUCAGGACAAGUCUCUGAAUGUCCUUGAGUGGCCCAGCCAGAGCCCAGACUUGAACCCGAUUGAACAUCUUUGGAAAGACCUGAAAGUAGCUGUGCACCGACGCUGCCCAUCCAACCUCACUGAGCUUGAGAGGAUGUGCAAAGAAGAAUGGGAAAAACUCCCCAAAUCCAGGUGUGCCAAGCUUGUUGCAUCAUACACAAGAAGACUGGAGGCUGUAAUCGCUGCCAAAGGUGCUUCGACCAAUUAUUGAGUAAAGGGUGUGAAUACUUAUGUAUAUGCAACAUUUGAGUGUUCUUAUUUUUAGUAAAUUUGCAAAAUGUUCUAAAAAAAGUUUUUCGCUUUGUCAUUAUGGGGUAUUUUGUGUAGAAUUUUUGAGGGAAAAAGGGAAUUUAAUCCAUUUUGGAAUAAGGCUGUAUCAUAAAAUGUGGAAAAAGUAAAGUGGUAUGAAUACUUUCUGGAUGCACUGUAUGCAGGUGAGCCAUACAGAUGAGACAUGGCCAUCUGUCAAAUCAUCAGCUGACACACAACCAGUUCAGGCAGUGGUCAGAAAUUAAUUUAGCAGUUGCUAACUUUGCAGUUGCUCCAGAGUGUUGAGUGCUGUGCAGUUUUUCACAGGUGGUUGGUUGUAUCAUAAACUCACAGUGUACCUUUAAGGGUGUGUCUGAUUAAGAAAGAAGAGGAAGAAAAAGAGGAUCAAGAAGAAGAUCAAGAAGAAGACAAAGAAGAAGAACAAGAAGAAGAAGAUCAAGAAGAAGACAAAGAAAAAGAUCAAGAAGAAGAAAGAAGAAGAACAAGAAGAAGACAAAGAAAAAGAUCAAGAAGAAGAAAGAAGAAGAACAAGAAGAAGACAAAGAAAAAGAUCAAGAAGAAGACAAAGAAAAAGAAGAUCAAGAAGAAGACAAAGAAAAAGAAGAUGAAGAACAAGAAGAACUAUGAUCCUUACAUUAUAGUACAGUAGAAAUCUCUACAGUAGUCCCGGUACUAAUGAUAAUGAUAUCAGUCAUACCACUCAUAUGAGUCAGACAUUUGAUACAUAAAGAGAGGAAAUAGUGAAAGAGCAGGUAUCUCUGAUACUGCUCCUCAAAAUAAGAGGAAAAAAGCAGUAGUAUCAUUUUGUGAAAAUGACCAUUUCUCAUAGCGUCUUACUCACUUUUGAAGUAGGGACACACCAGUAUUAAUUUUUUGUUGUUUCAUAACCUGCUAAAAACUCAUCACAGUUAUGUUCAAGGACACCAUCAAAAAAGGUCAACAAGCCGGCCCGCCUUAUAUUUUAAUGAGAAAUACUGUAGUAACGUGACAAAAGCCUAAGUUUAGAACAAGAUACCUCACGAGACUGUAUUAAAUGAGUCUGCAUCUGUUUUUGGGGUGUGCCAGCUUCUCCUGUGGGUAUCACCGGCACACCUGUAGCUAAACCAUUGAACAUGUAAACACAAAUUACAGCUGUGAUGUGAUUAAAAAAACAAGGAUAACCAUUUCUAAGGAGCAAUGUUGCAGUCCAGUCUCAAAACUCAAGUCUCAGAUCUCUGAGGUUAAGACCCAAAGAAAGGCAUCAGUGUUAAGUGAAGUCUCCUUUUUUCAAACAAAAUACACACACACACACACACACACACACACACACAUAUAUAUAUAUAUAUAUAUACUUGAAUUACUGAAUUAAAGCUGUAGUGAGAUAAAGGUUGCACUCUGCUCGUUCCUCAGCUGAUGGAUGGAGAUGUUUAUGACGACCUUAGGAGCCAUUUCACUCUGCUGUGUGGGACAGAGAUGGACACCUGUCUGAACACACACAAAGAGUACAGCUGGAUCUGGGAGACUGUGUCCAAGGUGAGCUCUGUGUGUGUGUGUGUGUGUGUGUGUGUGUGUGUGUGUGUGUGUGUGUGUGUGUGUGUGUGUGUGUGUGUGAGCUUAAAAGUGUAUCUUGGGAUGAAGGAGGCUUGUUGUCACAGGUGUACGUUGUCACAUUACAAUUAUCUUUGCCAACAGAGGGUGCAACUAAGAAGUGGAAUACUAGUUUUCUUCCUUUACAUGGUCAGGGGUCAUGUCCUGUCUGAGAAGAGAAGAGCACAUUGUAAGCUGAGAUGAACACCAAUUAACCAUUUCACACAACCAAAAGUAAAAAUAAAAAAUAAAAAACUUUAUGUAUUCUAAAAUAAGCUUCUUCCAGAUAAAAAUACUAGCAGUGAUACAUGUGGACUUGUUAGAGGAGAGAUUAAGGCAUCCAGACAUACCUCAGUCAUUGUUCUGUUUUAAGCUAGAGCUAGAAUUAGCAAACAUGGUAGAUUGGGACAACAUGUCUCAGUCAUUUUGGGGUUAGUUGUCACAUGUUUAAAAGGGAUUUAAAUGAACACAGAGUGUCUGCUUAUCAGCAGUUGUCAUACUGAAAGUUUGACUUAAUUAUUACAGAAAAAAAGAGUGGUUUAAAGGAGAGGAGAAAGUGAGAAGACAUGGUCAGGAUUUACAAAAUAAAAACAGAACAUAGCAGUGCAGUAGCUGAUGUGAUGCUGAGAGCAGUCAGACAGGUGACCCAAGCUAAUAAAUCAAUCAGGAGGACAAUAAAUACUUUAAUGUCAACUACCAUACCUUGGCUCGGUACUGCAAAACAUUCACCCCAGCCGAAACACAGAGUCAGACAGAUCUUCAAACUCCAGAGCAUGUUCAUAAUAUUUUAUGUGAACGUUUGUUCAAUGACUUUUUCUAGCUCAAUGAUAAACAUUUUCUGUGCCUGACUUUGAUGUUCACUUCCAAGUAAAAAAAAAAAAAAUGAGAACAACAAUAAUUCUGUCCUUGUUUUAUUAGCUGCAAAAUCCACUGUGACAUCUUACCCCAUGUAGUGAGACAACUUACCCGAUGGUGGGGCAACAUGUCACAUGUUCAUACUCUCCAUUUGAUUGCUUAUAACUCUGCACUGAAACACGAUAUGAAAAUGACAUAAAUACAAAAUAUGUACCUGAGACUUUGGUCUUUCAUCUGGUACACAUUUUGUUUAUAUAUGAUGUUUUGAUUCCAAGAAAUAUAUGAGUGUAAAAAGUGUGACAACAAGCCCCAGUCUCUCCUACUGAAUUUACAGAGGUGGUCCCUGAACUUUCUCUGUCAUGUCCCUUUUUCGAGGAUGAAAAUUAUUUGUGCCCUCUCCACCAAACAAACUACUGACAAAAGGUUCCUGUGUAACUUGUGAACAUUUAAGUUCUGCAAAUAUAAACACCUUUCAUCUGAUCUCCAUCGAUCAGACUACUUUUUGUAGCUUUACAGCUACAGUACUGCACUUUGUAUAACACUGUGGACUUUUUUUUUCUAAAUCAGAGAAAACUUUUAAGAUAAUGAAUCAUUGAGCAGCAAGAGACCACCCAGUUUAGAUUUGACCUGGUGACAUUUGGCACUAGAUUACUUCAUAACAAUUAAUACAUGAAACCUAAACACUUCAGCGAUCACUUUACCACAAAAUAAAUUUAACAAUUUUAACUGAACUAAACCCUUUUUAUGUGGCAUUUAUGUUUAGAUUGGCAUAUAACCCCUUUUAUAAUUAAAAAAAAAUGAAGAUUUAUAUAAAAUUUUCUAUUAAAAUCCUGUAAAAAAAAAAAAAACCUAGCUGAGUAAAAAUUUAAGGUGAAACCAAGAAAACUAACUAACAAAAAUGGAAUAAAGUCAGACUAAAAACACAGUAAAACAUGAAAAAUCAAAGCAGGGACCACCAGAUGGGCUGCAGACACAAAUGCAGAGACUAGUCCAGUCUCAGCGACCCUUUCACACGCUCACUGACUUUGAGGUGCUGAGUCGGUGAGGGUUGAGGAUGUCCCACCACCAAAUCAUGAAGUGUAUGAGGGGUCUCUGGCAGAUUUUCUGAGCCCUCGUCGAUAGGUAGGCAUCUCUGUAGACUUUGCAUGAGGGAGGGAAUAACCCAGAGUUUAUAGUGUAGUGAUAUAAAAAUAGGGAUUCCCCGUGGAAUCCUGCAAGCACCCAGGAGAGAGGACUACCAUAACACAGAUAUCAUUAAAAAGAUGAUGAAUAAGGAGCGUAGAAGGCUUUGCACUGGCACUUGAAAAAAUGGGUUUGUCUGCAUCAUACUAGGAAUUAUUAAUGCAAAUUCCUACUGUUUUUGUCAUAACUUAAAAAUAUUCACACCAGACUUUUUUUUAUACAGCAUGAGGUAAAAUUAUGUAGUUUUCAUUAGUUGCUCUUCAGUUGAUAUAGAAAAUCAUGAAAUAAAUGAGACAAACAUAACAACAACCUCCAUUUAACCUCAAGUUUUUGUGUUAUUUGCCAUUAAAUGAUCACAUCAGUGUUAUGUGCAUUGUAACAGCAUGAAAGCUUGCUGUUUAAAGGAGCAAUUAGAAUUUUAUGGACCACCCUUUGUCACACUGUCAGAGUGUAAAAUCAUUUUUGUUUUUUGUCUUUAAUCCAGUCUUUAAUAUUAAUUUACGAUCACUUUAUCAGAAGGAAUGGGGGGAUCCUUGCAUUGAGCAACUCUGUCUGCAAAAUUGUGAGAAGCAGUGAGUGCUUCAUGUUUGACUGAAGCACUUUCACAGAACAAAGUACCUGCUGGGGAUAUUCUCUGUGAAUAUAAUUGUCGGUGUGACCAGAGUAUAAUGUCAUUAAAUGACAGCUUAUUUUUUUCAUCUCUGUCAGCUGCUGAUGUUAUGCACUGUAUAUACACAUCACAUACUGAUUUACCGUUAUUGAUUUGUUUUAAGGGUAUUGCUACAAAUGGGUUGCGACAAAGAGCUUUCAAGGAUAUUCUUGAGCUUUUAAAUGUAGACACUUUUAUCCAGACGGUGUCUCAUAAGGUUUUAUGGUACAAGACUGAGACGUAGACAAGGAGGGAUUUGUAACUAAAAGCUUUUAUACUGAGUCCAAGGAAAUCAAUAUUCAAAGUGAACAACAAGGUACAUAAAAAAGAUGCAAGUGAAACCACAAGGCCAGGGUGCAGGGUCAGAGAAAAAAAACAAACUGGGGACAAGUCCCUUCUGUCUGCACUAUUUUCAGUCAAAUAAAGUGUUUCAAUGAUUGCAACUGAAAUCUGUUUUCAUCAACAGUUGGCACAGUAUCCUAACUCUGUUAAUAAAUUGCUUCAAUCCCUUUUUAUUAUAAUCAUUUUGUACCUGCAAAGUUUCCCAGGACAUCUUCAAAACCAGGCACAAGAUAUUUGUCAGUCUGUCAUUCGAGGGGGUUAAAAGGGUCACAGGGAGGCUGACAGGCAGUAAGAAAAGAGGUGUAGAUGAAAAGAGGGAAAAAGGAAGAAAAUGAAUAAUAAGAUAUGUUUGUUUGAAAAUGAGGACAAGAGAUGGAAGAGAAGUUUUGAAAGGAAAAUGAUGGUUCCAGCAGUUAUGAGACAAACUGGUGGUUUCAAAAGAUGCAGAAGUUACAGAGGGAAAUUCAACACUUAGGUGAAAUGUUUGAACUAAUGUCACAACAGAGUGACAUCUGAAGGAGGACAUGACACAAGUUGUUCCUUUCAAAAACUGGGUUGGUAGAGAGAGUUUUCCCAUUUUGGUUUUCAUUCUUGGGAUGGCAGGAGGCUGGCACAGGUAAAAUCACUCUGAGCUGCACCCAGUGGCGCAGGUCUAAUGGCUGAAGAGCGUAUGUUUCCAUCCCUCUUUGACACAUUUUGGAUAUUGCUUUUGAAAAGGGAAGUCUUGCACGUUAUUGUACUUGUUCCUGGUUGUUUUUGAUUGGUUGUCUUGUUGUCAGGUGACCAGAGAGAGAAAUGUGCUGCAGUUCCUUCAAGAAUCUGUGUCCUUCAGCAAAACACCUGAAUUCACCUUCCAGUCGGCUCCAGGUGACAAGGUGUGUUUGGGUUAGAAUGAGCCUGUGUGCGACAAAGGUGGGACAAAUAAAACAUUCAUGGCUGAUGUCAUCUGUGUGCAACCUGUCAAAGGGAGCUGCUUUUGUAACACUCAUGCAGACAAGUUUACACAAUUUUAACACUGAAUGUCUAAAUGUCUGCUGAUGGCUGUGUGGUAGACCCAAGUUCUCCAGAAUUCCCACCAGAACCUUUAAAGUAACUGUCUCUGUUUAAAGAGUAGGGGAGAGUGGGGUAAGAUGAGCCAUUAUUCAAGAUGAGCCAUUUUUCAUAUUUCGGAUCACUACAUCAAGGCAAUCAUAGUUUGUCUCUAACUAGUGUAUCUGCAUAUAUUUCAAGAUGUUGUGCAUCCCUGCAAACCAACAGAAUGAGUGUAAACAUAACUGUCUUGAUAAAUAUAGCAUGCCAAAAAAAGUGGUCCCCCUACGGUCAACUUACCCCGUGUAUGGGGUAAGUUGAUCAUAGGAGCUGGGUAAGUUGAGCUGUAUCUCUACUACCCCCGCACUCUACACCCCAGCCCUCCCUCACCUUCUCUCUCCCUAAAUAACAGUCAUGUGUAUUUUUAUCUUUUUAUAGGCUAUUCAACUGGUACAGUCAUACUUUUUAUUAUUGCAUAUAAAUGCUAAAAAGCUGUUUUGUAAAAAAAAUAAAUAAAUAAAAAAUAUUUUAACAUGAGAAUGUCUUUAAGUGAUUCAGAACAUUCACAGCUGUUCUUUUGAAAAGAAAAAGUAACACAUUUCAACAAUCUGAACUAAAACUCUGAUCCUCUCAUCAGACCUCUUUACUUUCCCAUUCGAGCCACUGGCUCAACUUACCCCAGAACUGUAAUUAUGACUUUAUUAGUCCUCUAAGCUAAAAUGGUGGACUUUUAUGUUAGGUGUUUGACCUGAUAUUAUAGCUCAUAGAUACCACAAUUAAUGUAUAAAACAAAUUUAAAAUAAUCUUUUUUGGUCUGAACACAAUUCUAAUAAAACUUAUGACAGACUCAAUUCACUUUCAAGAGUGAACAAUGUUUUUUUUUUUUUUUUAAAUAAAUGUCUAACCUCUUCACCCAUGUGCUUCUAACCUGCACAGACUCCAUGAAUUGAUGCCCAUCUCCUAAAUAUUUGGUCACAUGAUCAAUUUCUUUUACCAUUUCCAAGCAACAGUGGCUGGCUCAACUUACCCCACUCUCCCCUAAUCCCAUUGACUGGAGACUUUCACCUGUUUUCUUUUUUUUUCUUUUCAGCUGUUUCAAGAGUCAUGGUAAAUGUGUCCUGGGUUUCUUUUUGUAACAUCAAAAUGUGCUCAUCAGAUAUGUCUGUAACAAGAGCUAAAGUCAUUUUAGAGGAAGUUUUCAGCAGCUGUUGUAACUUUAACAUUUACUAACAUAUUCUGCAGAAAACCACAAGUUAGCAAAAUUACAUUUUAACCGCAACAUCGCUGACAUCUGUGGCUGCAAGCUGUUGAACAUUUAGACAGUAUCCAACCUCAGCUUAAGCAGAUGUUCACUGCAAAUAAAUAGAAUCAGCAGGACUGCAGCAGUGGUUCUUUGACCAGUGUGCAUGUUAUUUUACAAUCCCUCUGGACUUUUGACCAUGACCAUCCACACCCACAGUGUGGACCUGUGCCAGAUCUGUUAGUUGUGCAGACAUUUAUCUGGCGUGUCUUUUUUAAUGAAAUGUUUUAACUGUGUACAAGAGGAGCUUGAGGCAAUCAGAGCAGAUGUGUCACCUCCAGAGGUGCCUGAUUCAUACCCGCUGGUGUUAGAACUCGUAUACAGUCACAAGGUCCGGAUUUUAUCCAUCGUUUCUGUUUUUCAUCUAAACCAUCAUCCAGUUUGAUUUUAAAGCCACUGCUCUUGAUAUCAGGGGAAAACUGUAUGCCACUACAUACUUCUGUACUACAACACAUUGGGAUUGUUUAGACAGAACACAGCCAGAUUCACUGAAGGGAACAGUGUAGCUAACAGCUUUAUGCUGCACAAGUACCAGCGCAUUGUAUGUUCUGCAGGAUUAUGCAUUGAAAGCUCAGAGCUGAUAAUAGAGGGAGGUUUCUGUGUCUCUGUUCAGGUUUCUGCUUUGCAAGAAGUUAGUGCUCCAGAAUCAGAAGGCUGUCUGGUCAAGGAGGCAAAGAAAUGGACUACAAAAGCUGCAAAGGACUACAAAAUCAUCACUCAUGGAGAGAGGGUGAGACACCAGGAGCAUGACUUGGAGCAAAUCUUUUCAGAUAUACUUUUGAAUCAUUAGCAUUCAAACAUUUGAAUUGCAGUGAAUUAUCCUUUUUUUAAAAUGAAGAUCUUGACGGUCGAGUUACAAUAGAGGUUUUGCAACCUCAUUUUUCUUUUGCAUCAAGUUCUGAUCGGAAAUCUAAGCAUUGUAUAUUCAAAAUAAAACUCUGUGUCUGUCCUCGUCAAGCAGGCUCUGCAGACGUUGGAGAGUCGUCUGAAGCUCCUGUCGGGGGACACGUGGCUCAGCAUGGAGCAGAAGAUAGCAGAGGUGCAGGACAGCGUCAGGAAGGCUAAGGUGCCUUUUUAUAAAUGAUUUUGAAGAUACAGGGUGUAGAAAUAUAAAUAUUUAGCCCUCAGUUAGAUUGAAAUGCUCCCUUGCUCACCACACCCAUUGAUAAAGUGACAGGGGGCUUUUAGGACAUGAAGCUCCUGUGAUGCAUGAUAACUAUGAUCUCACUGACAGAUACAGAUACACUCUGCACUUCUAAGGUUGGUUUACUUCAUAACCAUUGCACUACUUAAGAGCUCUUGUAAAAAUCAAACCCAGACAGAAAGUUAGAUGCAAUGAUAAGGCAUGAUUUCUAUCCUCCAUAACAAAAUGCAUGUUGUCAUGUCCUCGUUUCCUUCCUGUCUCAGCUGAGCAGGGUGAAGGCGGAGGCCCGUCUGGCUCUGCUGUCAGAGGGCGUCACAGGAAUCGAACUGUGGCUCCGCGACGCCAUGAACCAGGCGGAGGUGGAGCUGGAGAGAGAGAGACAUCUCAGCGAGCAGAGGAAGUCUACAGAGGAUUUCUCAGUACGCAGACACACACCAAUUUGAGAAACUAUUCAAAGUCCUCAUACCUUUUGGAAACAGCUAAAGGUCGUUUGGAGUCUUGAGAUGAAACCUGACAAACUCUGUUGUGUCUUUAAAUUAUUUUAUAACACAGCUAAGAGGAGAAGCUCAGAUGUAAAAGUGAGUCAAGACCCAGUCAAUUAAAAACUGCACCAGAGAGAAUAAAAUGAAUACAUGAAAUAGUGUUGACAUAUUAUUACUUACACUACAGUGAUAGGAAAACAUUACCUUAUUGAAUGCUAAAUCAUACCUAUUCUAAAAUAUUCAGAAGUUAAAGGAGACCUAUUUAGCUUUUUUUUUUUAAGCGUGAACACUUAAAGAGUAACUUUGCCUGAAUUUGAGCUUCUUGUUUAUCUAAAACUGACAUCUGUGAAAACCUCGUUUCAGCGCUACUCAGCCUUUGGAAAACAGAAAACCCCAUUUAAUUCUGAGCAUUUUAAGACACUCGUCAUGUUUGUCAUUUUUAUCCUCAUAGGGAAAAGGGAGAAUGAUUCUAAACUUAUUUUUUAUCAAUGAGAGCUUUGAGGAUUGCAGUUCCAAGCCAGCUCUUUCAUACUGAGACAUGAAAUUAAAAAGCUUACAAAUAUAGAAUAUAAUUUGGAAAAUGUUCAGCUGAGUCUCUGCUGGUGCUUUUGGUUCUUUACAAACACAAGGAAAUAAAAGCUUUAUUUGAGACGGUUUCAGCUCACACAUUAUACAUAAAUUGUAAUGUAGUGAAUAUUUGGUACAGAAAGACAGCAAAUUUGAGACUAAAAACUAAAACCUCAUAUUUGAUCAAUGUACAUUUUGUUCAUUCAUUGAUCUUUCAUCUCUGUAUUGUGUUUUAGGAGGAUGAGUUUGAGCUGACUGACUUUGAGGACUAUGAUGAUGAGAACGGAGACAUCUUUGCAGAUCCAGUGUCAGCAUCAGGAGUGUGUGUUUACCCUGCAGCCUGCAGAGUUAUCUACAACUACCAGGUAGUCUAAAAUCAAUGGUAGAGCGUAUGUUUCCAUCCCUCUUUGACACAUUUUGGAUAUUGCUUUUGAAAAGGAAAGUCUUGCACGUUAUUGUACUUGUUCCUGGUUGUUUUUGAUUGGUUUUCUUGUUGUCAGGUGACCUGAGAGAGAAAUGUCAUUCAAUCAAUUUAUCAUUUUUUUCUUUACAACAACAAACUAAAUGAGUGCCUGAUUGGAAAGAGACAUCCCAUGUGAUAUAGUUACAUGGAUCACUGAUGAUCAUAAUUGUCAAAUCAGAGUAAAAAUGCUGAACGUUGAGGCCUUAACCAGAAAAAAGCGAUCCCAUUCGACAAAUUAGCAAAGAGAAUUCAUUCUGGGGGAGGUAAAGGCUGAGGUCAGUCUCUAUGGAACCAUGUGAUAAGGUGUUUUUUUUUUGUUUGUUUGUUUGUUUUGUUUUUGUCUUAACAUAUAAAAGAGAGCAAGAUUUAAGUCGUUAAGUCCAUCAAAAAGAAAAAAUGGGUGUUAAAAAGAAAGUUUUGCCACAAAGCAAGUUGUCAAUCUAAUGCAGCCACACUCAAAGCCACUUCAUCAUCCUAAGAAAUAAACUUGCUGUUUUGAGGAAGUCCUAAACUAAAGAUUGAGACUAAACUGGUCAGAAAAAAGCUCACUGAGAUAUUAAAUCAAGUCAAAAGUGAGACAUUUUUCAUAGACUUCUAUUCAAUCUGACUUCUUUUGCCCCCCUCUGGACUUCUGAAAAAAUGCAGGUUUAUGGCACUGACUUCGUGUUUGAAAAACCUGACCUCUAAGCCUAUCUCUCUAAUGACAGACUAGGAUUUCAUUUCAUAAUACAAGUUUAUCUUUUCAUAACUUUCUCUCUUACUGUAGGCUAGCCAAUCAGAUGAGCUGUCAAUCAUGAAAGGGGAAGAGCUUCAAGUAGUCGAAGAUGGAGAUGUGGAGGACUGGCUGAAGGUAACAGUUUCUGCUUUUUGACACUUCAGGAUGUCAGCUCCUCUUUUUAUAUUUUAAAGUUUCUUGUUGUAGGAUAUUUGGUAUUUUCCCCUCACCUGUUCAUAUCUCUGUCCAGGUGUGUAACUCCUGUGGGCAGGUGGGUUAUGUCCCUGAGCGUUAUGUGCAGUUCCUGUGUCUGCCAGCAGAGGAUGCUGUUCAGCUGGACAGUUCUUUUAGCUCCACUUCCUCCAUCGGAAACAAAGAGAGGAGCAGAGGUCAGUGUGUGUGUGUGUGUGUGUGUGUGUGUGUGUGUGUGUGUGUGUGUGUGUGUGUGUGUGUGUGUGUGUGUGUACUCAAACAUUUUCUCAUGGUUGAGUUUAAAACAAACAGCUGGUGUUGUGUCAAUGUUACCUUUCCCAGGUGUAGCCAGAGCUCUGUAUUCCUACCAGGCUCAGAGUCCAGAGGAGCUUUCCUUCCAGGAGGGGGCGCUCAUCCACCUGAGGCGCUGUCGACAUGGGGAGGUGUGUGCUUUUUAGACCCCGUUAUAGCUGAAUUAAUCAAAAUGUAUUAAAAAUAAACAUUUUGAGACCUCUUAAACUUCAGUUAGUUGUUUUUGAUCCUGAAAAAUCUGAUGAGUAUAGUAACAUAUAUGCAGUGCACACAUUAUCCACCAGGGGGCACCAACAGUGGAGCUUUUUCAUCAGUGAAACAGAUGUAGAUUUCAUGGAUAUUCUUUCAAACUUUGAAGAAGAAAAUAUUUCUGUGAGUCCAAGUUUCUUACUCAGUACAGUUACUUUGUAAAAAAAAGUUCACAGUGUUUACCUGCAGAUGAUAAAGCUUUAAAAGAAUUUGUUCAUAUGCAGUAACUUGAAACCUGUGUAUGUGUGAGGAAUCACUUUGUUUUUGCUUUGAAAAUUUCACCAUUUUCCAAAAAAAUGGAUCUUAAUGACCAACAAUACACAAACCUUUGGAAUUGCUUCUUUUGAUUGCUAAUGACUGCAACAUGAUGGGUUAAAUAAGUGUCUGUUGAUGCUGCUUUUUUUAUUUAUUUAUUUAUUAGUAUUUUGUUUGUUUGGUUUUGCCACUGUCAGUUCCCACAAGCUUAAAAACAGAUCACUCCUCACAGCACAGAAUGUUACCAGGUUUUCAAAAUUGUCCAGCAGCUGUUCUGCAUACCUUAGAAAUUACUAUUGAAUUUGUUUUAAAAUGAGAAUCUAUCAUAAAACUUGUCCAAAGUUGUUUUGUUGUGCUGGGUCCUGGGUAAUAUUCUUGUCCUGUAAACUUACUGGUUGUUUUUCUAAGAUGCUUCUUCUAAAACCCAAAAAUGCAGAUACUUUACUUUCUUCAAAGCUUCACAACCAUUCACCAAAACAUUAAUUUCUACCGUGAACUGUACAUCAAAUGCAAACUGCACUUUUAAACUCCUCACAUUGUAAGACAUAAAGCCAAAAUGUCACUCAGCUAGGUGCUAACAUACUGGGCUGGUAGAGGCCAGCCAUGCACUGAAAUAAUCAGGCUUAUGGAGCCAAGUAACCCCCUCCCCUAACCAAAACAUGCAUUUAACUUUCUUAUACAAAAUCACAGAUGUCUAAUGUGGGUCCAGUCCACUGCAGGUAAAACUCUUGUGUUCCCCUGAAGCUUGGUGUAUAUGUACAUAGAAGUAAGAUGGCCACCACCUUGACCAAUAAACUGUUGUCACUAUUUAACAAUACUGUCACUACAGCUCUCAUUGCUCUGACCUCACUCUCUGCAUGGAUAUAUGUUGUUUUGCAGGUGGAUGAUGGGUUUUGGGAGGGAGAGCUGAACGGACUGGUUGGUGUUUUCCCAUCUUUAGUAGUGGAGCUUGUCCACAAUGAAGGAGAGGAAGAAGAGGAUGAAGAGGAGGAGGUACUCUCUCACAAGCUCUGCAUAUCCCUCUUUACUUUAAUGAAACAUCUGACCCAUAAUUCUUUUCUUUUUUUCAGCCUCUGCCCACUCCAACUAUGCCUCCCUUCUCUCCCCCCAUCCCAGUCCCUUCUGACCCCACCUGUAGCUCAGCUCUUAGAGCUACACCCCCUAGCUGUGUGGAAGUCAAACAACAGGUCUUUCCUCCAAGGCUCUCAGAGGACAUAGUAGGUGAGUUAUGUCCAACUUAAUUGUAUACAGGAUAGAUUUUUCUUCGUUUUAAAGGCUUUAUAACCGUUUCAGGCCAUAAAAGUGGUUUUCUUUUCCCCUCCAAUCAGAGACUGAGAGCAGCAGCCGCAAUUCUUCAGAUUACAUCAGCGGUCAACUGAGACCAGUAUGUGCUGUUUUCUGUGAUGGUAACUUUUCUAGGCACCACGAAGACAUGAUAUCUGAGCUGUCUCUCCUCUCUCUGUUUUAGUGUCGAGCUCCACCUCCUCCUCCAACAACAAAACCUCCCCCUCAGCAUUGAGACCAAGACUAGAGUUUUUGUCAAUGUCUAAAAUAUACGACCGGUCCAGACAAAAAGGAUGCUGGCUUUGAGCCUUAGAAUGUUGUUUUAAAAACAAAUGUGUUUUUUUUUUUUUUUUUUUUUUUUUUUUCAUUUUUAGAAAAUAUUUUUCAGGUUUUAAUGCAUCCAUGUGUCCUGGAGGAUAUACUACAAGUAGAUUUUGAGGUUAAUUUCAGGUCAGAGGUCUUUGCAUACUGAUCCC